AUUGACCCCAUAUGGCUGAAAACUGAUGGGAGAAAAUAAUCUACAGAUACUGAUAUCACAAUUUCUGCCUUCUUGAGCAAGAACCAAUGCAGAAGUACCCAAAAGGAUAACCCAAGUGAUUUUUUUUGCUGAAGAUUUUCUGUGAAAUUGUCUACAUCCUGUCCACAUCCUUCUUGGAAAAAUCAGAACAGAUGCAAAAGUCAUUUGAUGGCUGUUGACUAAACUAAGGGUCAGUGCUUUGUCCUUUAGCUUUUCUGGAUCCAUCCUUAGCUCUCAAGACGAAGCAGAAACAAGAAAAUCCAAGUGAGAUUCAUUUCCACAGAAGAUAGCAACCAAUGUGUCAAAACUCCAUACUUUUCUGGAAUAACGGAUGCUAAAAUGGGAAGUUUGGCAUUCAGGUAUAGCGAUCACAACGAGACUGAGGACAUCUACUCCAAGAGCAGCGUUCAUGAGCCUGAAUAUCAGAAAAUAGUCAUCUAUUCUUUAAUCAUUUUAAUCUGUAUUCCAGGAAUUAUUGGAAAUGGCAUUGUCAUCCGACUUUUGGGAUGCACAAUUAGGAGAAAUUCUUUCACUGUUUACAUCCUCAAUUUAGCCAUAGCUGACAGUGGGACCCUCAUAUUCCUAUUUCUGACAGAAAUUCUGUACCUGGCUAAGAGAUUAUUCCCCCUAAUAAUAACAGAAUGUUUCAUAUGCACUUAUUGCACUGGUCAAAUUCUUUUGACAAUCAUCAGCAUCGACCGGUGUUUGGCUCUCUUCUUCCCAAUUUGGUAUCGAUGCCAUCAGCCUCCUUACUUGUCCCUCAUACUUUGUGCCUUCUCAUGGCUAGUCUCUUUGCUCCUCUGUACAAUUCAUUUUGCUCUGUUUGAUGCAAGACUGACUAAAAUCUUCCCUUCGUUCUAUCACAUUCUCAUAUGUACCUCGAUUUGCAUCCCACUCAUGGUGGUUUCCACCCUUGCCCUCUUCAUCAAAGGCUACCUUAAGUCACAGAUGCAGAAGCGAGGAAGGCUUCUCAAAGUCAUUUUGCUGGCCCUGUUUUUCUUCCUCAUCUUUUCUAUUCCGCCAAGUGCCAUUUAUCUCAAUGAGACUCUUUUCAAGCACAGGUAUGGCAAUUUAAUCACAUAUGGCUACCUAUGUGCCUGUCUAAACAGCAGUGUUAACCCGCUGAUCUAUUUUCUACUGGGGAGAAAGAUGGAACAUCCUUCUAGAUGCAACCUAAACAUUAUCCUCCAGAGAGUUUUCAAGGAGGAAGAAGAAGAGAAUGGAAACCAGCUAGAGGUCCAGGUUGAUAACCAGUGAUGAUGUACUCACGAGAGUGAUAAAAAAAUAUAUAUCAUAUUUCUAUACCGCCUUGCCAGGAACAUGAUAAUUAAUUCAGAGAAACCUCCUCUGGCAAAUCCAGUAUUGCCAAAAAUGUAAUGCCAAGGAGAUUAGGAAAUGAGUCUGUCAUUUUC